CUGUGUUGCUUUCGGACUUGUGGCUCACGCAGGAUGCUGUGGCGUUGUGGCGUCAAUGUGCCUAAGGUAGGUUAGGUACCUAGGUAGCUAUGCUUUGGCUGCCUAGAUUAAGUAGGUACGGAGUACUUAGGGAGAAGCGCUGAGAGCGGGCAUCUAAGCUGCCCCACGAUUUCCCCCAAGACCCUCCAACCCACUCAGCCUUACCAUCAUACAACACCAGAAUUAUCCAAAUCCGAGCUUAAGACUAAAGCUAAGACCCGAAACCAGCUUCUUUGGCUAGAAAUUCUUUAUAUUUAUCUGUCAUCGGCCUGAGAAUUUACUGCUCACCUCAACACCGGAGAACCAGCUCUCUGAUCGUGUGACCUCUUUGAGGCCGAGAGAGAUAACAACAUGGGCAACAACGCCAGUACUCUGGACAACAUUGUCCAAGGAACCAAUUUCGAUCGCGAAGAAGUAGAACGACUAAAGAAGAGGUUUAUGAAGCUUGACAAAGAUCAGAAUGGCACAAUCGAGCGUGACGAGUUCCUAAUGCUACCACAAAUAUCAUCAAAUCCGCUUGCGACGAGACUAAUAGCUAUAUUUGAUGAGGACGGUGGCGGCGACGUAGACUUCCAAGAAUUUGUCUCCGGUCUCAGUGCCUUCAGUAGCAAGGGUAACAAGGAACAAAAGCUACAAUUCGCCUUCAAAGUCUAUGACAUCGACCGGGAUGGUUACAUCAGCAACGGAGAGUUAUUUAUUGUCCUCAAGAUGAUGGUUGGUAGCAACUUAAAGGACCAACAGCUGCAGCAAAUCGUGGAUAAAACAAUCAUGGAAGCCGAUCUGGACAAGGAUGGGAAGAUCAGUUUUGAGGAGUUCACAAAGAUGGUCGAGAACACCGACGUGAGCAUGAGCAUGACUCUAGGUAAGGAUGCAUACUUGUCUUUUCUUAACGAACUUUGGUCUCGUAUCACCGCUCACCCGGUCGAGCGAACAUUGACAAGCAGACACAUGUCUUGUUGGAUGCUAACACGUCUCUAGAUCAAUUCUAGGUGACAUUUAAUCGAUUAUCAAGUUUAUCGAGUAAGCAAACGAAAAGGCGCAUUGUCCCCGGACACCCUGAUUCGUGUGUAAGCCCACCAGGGAAGAAAACCUGUACCACAGGCGACAUACCACUGCCACCUUGGCGAGCCUA